CUAAUAGCAACAGACACUCUAGGAAUUAAACGCGGCAGUGUGCUCUUUCGUUUUCAAGCGGACUUUGUACUUCUAUUUGAAUAACUCCUCAAGUCCGAUCAGAGACAGAGGCGGGUCAUUGCAGAGCAGGAAGUCAGAGGUCCACCUCGGCCGGACUAUUGCGAGCAGACUCGUUCAGUUGCGUAGGUCGCGUUCCAAUGUAAAUCCUGCAGGUAAAUUUGUCCCUGAUGAAGCACCGUAGUCCCCCGAGAGGAGAAAACAGUUGAGGAACGUGUGCAGCCAAACGGCGGUUCAGACCUGCAGGACUACAACCAGCAACAAAGUGGGAGGGAGGGACUCGGGAAGCAAAACAUGGCGAAAUAACUCGUUCGGGCUCUAGCAGUUUUUUGGAACUGCGCCGUGUGUUUAGUGUCGGAGUGGACUGCUCAUAACAUUUUGGAUGCGUGGGCACGAAGGACGACGCUUAACUAUAAAGAGUCGUUGGCCCCAUUUUCCAAGUUUUACGGCGGUGGCUGGCGGAAAUACAGAAGAAAAAAAAUAGUGCUCGUCUUCGCCUUUUCCCCGCAGGGUUGGCGGUGCUUGGCGCGACUGUCAACGCAGAAAACGGACGAAAAAGGAAAGUUCAUUCUGGAAAAUACUGUUCGGUCGUGUAGCUUAGCAACGCUAGCUAGCCAGUGGACGUCGGGCUGAUUGCGCGCACCUGACUCGGUAUUCGGAUGAACGUGCCCCCCUGUCGAAAUUGAGGAAUAUUUAAGUCGCCAUAACAAGUUAGAAAAACUAACGUUACAGGCGCGAACUUUAAUUUUUCCGCACUGUCAAGUGUUAUCUUUUUGAGAGGACGUGUAUUUAAGGCUAAUCUUGACAGCCUGACGGUCGGUUCUGGUGCGGACGGACCCGGACGCCAUCACGUCAGACGUUGCGUUCUCCUUAAAAAAACACACACAUUUUGUUUUCUACCUUAACAGCGCAACGAAUAGCGCUUUACUGGCACACCUGUCCUAUCUGGUAUCUCCCCCUCUUUUUGGCACGCAUCGUUUUCUCACACGUUAGGUUAGCUGAAUGUUGUACAGCAACAAGGGCGUUCCGUCAAGAUGAACGCAGCAAGGUGUUCAACAACAGUAGAGGUGCGUCGCGUUGAAAACCUGCCAGUAGUUAGAACGGCUAACAGUGACGUUACCGCUGUCUUUGAAAUAUCUUUCGUAAAAGUUAACGUCUCUUUUUUGAGGGGUGGUCAGAUGUUCUAAACGGCGUUUCUGUAAAAAAAAAAAAUAAUAAUAACUGCGGAUAACGCCACGGCUCUCGGCCCGAGUUGACGGGAGCUAGCCAGCUGGGCGCGCCUGUGGCAGCGCCAUCUGCGAUGUGUUCGCUAACCUAAGUGCUACCGGGUUGUUCCGCAACAGUUUAUUUUUUGUUGCGCAUCGUACGACCCCGCUCGCUUGAAUUUAAUCCGUAGAUAAUACAGUUCGAGGUCUUUGUAGCGGCCUCUCACGUUUCCCCACGGUACCUCUUAUCAAAUAGCUGGCUAACUUGGUAGCUGCGGCUGUAAGUUUUCGCCAGCUAUGUCUGAAAACGCCCCCACACGAAGCCUGGACGACAUAGACCUCGCGGCUCUCAGGGAUCCAGCUGGAAUCUUUGAGCUUGUCGAGGUUGUCGGCAAUGGGACCUAUGGGCAGGUGUACAAGGGCCGUCAUGUAAAGACGGGCCAGCUAGCUGCCAUCAAGGUGAUGGAUGUUACAGAGGAGGAAGAAGAGGAGAUCAAAGCUGAAAUCAACAUGCUGAAAAGAUACAGCCACCACCGCAACAUAGCCACGUACUACGGUGCCUUCGUCAAGAAGAGUCCACCAGGACACGAUGACCAACUUUGGCUUGUGAUGGAGUUCUGUGGGGCGGGAUCAGUGACCGACCUGGUGAAAAACACAAAGGGCAGCUCCCUAAAGGAGGACUGGAUUGCUUACAUUUGCAGAGAAAUCCUAAGGGGCCUUUCUCAUCUUCACGCCCAUAAAGUCAUACACAGAGACAUCAAAGGCCAGAACGUGCUGCUAACAGAGAAUGCAGAGGUUAAACUUGUUGAUUUUGGUGUGAGCGCUCAGUUGGACAGGACUGUUGGCCGCAGAAACACCUUCAUCGGCACACCCUACUGGAUGGCACCUGAGGUUAUUGCCUGUGACGAGAACCCCGACUCCACCUACGACUACAGGAGUGAUAUCUGGUCCUUGGGGAUCACAGCCAUCGAAAUGGCAGAGGGAGCUCCCCCCUUGUGUGACAUGCACCCAAUGAGAGCCCUCUUCCUCAUUCCCAGGAACCCCCCCCCAAAACUUAAAUCCAAAAAAUGGUCCAAGAAAUUCAUUGACUUUAUAGAGGGCUGUCUGGUGAAGACAUAUACCACACGACCAUCCACAGAGCAGCUUCUGAAGCACUCCUUCAUCAGGGACCAGCCCACUGAGCGCCAGGUCCGAAUUCAGCUCAAAGACCACAUUGACCGUACGCGCAAAAAAAGGGGAGAAAAAGAAGAAACAGAGUACGAGUACAGUGGUAGUGACGAAGAGGAUGAAAAUCGUGGAGAGGACCGAGAGUCGAGUUCAAUCCUCAAUGUGCCCGGGGAGUCCACCCUACGGCGCGACUUCCAGCGUCUGCAACAGGAGAACAAAGAGCGCUCUGAGGCUCACAAGAGGCAGCAGGCCCAGCUGGCUGCUCAGCGCAGAGACCCCGAGGAACACAAGAGGCAACUAUUGCACGACCGGCAAAAACGCAUUGAGGAGCAGAAGGAACAGCGGCGCCGACUCGAAGAGCAACAGAGAAAGGAGCGAGAGAUGGUGAGGCAGCAAGAGAAAGGUCCCCAUCGGAGACUCGACGAUAUGAGACGGGAGGAAGAUCGAAGGGUGGCUGAGAGGGAGCAGGAGUUUAUCAGACAUAAGUUAGAAGAAGAGCAGCGGCAGUUAGAAAUCCUUCAGCAGCAGUUGCUUCAGGAGCAGGCACUGCUUAUGGAGUACAAACGCAAGCAGCUGGAGGAACAGCGUCAGUCAGAGCGACUGCAAAGGCAGCUGCAGCAGGAGCAUGCAUACCUGGUGUCCCUGCAACAACAGCAGCAGGAAAAGAAGCCCCUGUACCACUAUAACAAAAACCUGGAGCCUAACAACAAACCUUCUUGGGCCCGUGAGGUGGAGGAGCGAAGUAAACUCAACAGACAGGGCUCACCCAAAAUCUGCACCACUGUUUCUGACAAUGCCAUCCAGUCUCGCUCUGACUCAAUCAGCCAAUCAGGAAUGGUUCAGUCUUCUCAGACCCCACCGAUGCAGAGGCCUGUUGAACCCCAUGGGGGGCAGGGAAAGUUCCAGAUGGCUCACUUGGUUCCACUGAAGCCUUAUGCUGCCCCUGUCCCUCGUUCCCAGUCCCUCUGUGACCAGCCCACUAAGACCAUGUCCGCAUUCCCCACCCAGGAUCCCUCCCUUACCCCCACACCACGUCCCAUCCACUCUAGAGAGCUGGUGCGUCAAAACUCUGACCCCACCUCUGAAACCCCGGCACCCCAGGCACACCAAAUGGUAGAGGAUCGCGGCCCCUGGAUCCGCCUGCCAGAUGUGGAGCUUCCGCCCAAGAUUCCACAGAGGACGGCGUCUAUUGCCACGGCUCUGAACACCAACCUGACUUCUGGCAUAAGGCAUCCAGUGCGAGCCAGCAAUCCAGAUCUCAGCCGCAAUGAUCGUUGGGAGAGAGGAGACGGUAUGAGCAUCAUAUCCAAUCUUCCCCAGACUGGUUCUCUGGAGAGGCAUCGCAUCCUGAGUUCCUCCAAAAUGGAUUCGCCCAUGCUCUCCCAUGAUAGCCGUCAUAAGCCAGGGGACUCUCGCACCUCCUCCCGCCCUGGGCGCCCUGCAAGUUACAAGAGAGCUAUAGGCGAGGACCAUGGCUUGUUUGCCAAGGAGCGUGCAGAGGAGCAGCCAAGGCCCCCAGUCAAGGCCAAUGAUUACUCCUCCUCUUCAGAGAGCAGCGAGAGUAGUGAGGAGAGUGAGAGUGGAGAGGGAGCAGAGGAAGAAGAAAGCCCCACAGAUCGUCAUAGGGAUGCAGACACUGAUUCAGUCAACACCAUGGUGGUUCAUGAAGAUGAAGGCGAGGGGGGAGAGGGAGAGCAAGCUGGAGGCUAUGGGGACCAGACCAUGCUGGUGCAGAGGACCCCAGAGAAGAGGAGCCAUAAUGGUUACACUAACUUGCCAGAUGUGGUGCAGCCCUCCCACUCCCCCACAGAUUCAGCCUCUCAUUCCUCCCCUGGGAAGGACUCUGUCUAUGAUUAUCAGUCCAGAGGUUUGGUUAAAGCAUCAUCCGGCAAGUCCUCCUUCACCACCUUCGUGGAUCUUGGCAUGUACCAGUCACCAGCAGGUGCCGGAGAUAACAUCUCAGUCAGUGGCUCCAGGUUUGAGCAGCUGAAGAUGGAGGUGAGGAAAGGAUCCAUGGUGAAUGUCAAUCCCACCAACACACGCCCCCCCAAUGAUACACCUGAAAUCCGCAAGUACAAGAAGAGGUUCAACGCCGAGAUCCUGUGUGCUGCCCUUUGGGGUGUGAACUUGUUGGUGGGCACGGAGAACGGUUUGAAGCUGCUGGACCGUAGUGGUCAAGGCAAGGUUUACCCCCUCAUCAACUCCCGCAGGUUCCAACAGAUGGACGUCCUGGAGGGCCUCAACCUGCUCAUCACCAUAUCAGGCAAGAAAAACAAGGUACGUGUCUACUACCUGGCCUGGCUGAGGAACAAAAUCCUCCACAAUGACCCUGAGGUGGAGAAGAAGCAGGGCUGGACCACUGUGGGGGAGAUGGAGGGCUGCGUCCACUACAAAGUGGUGAAAUACGAGAGGAUAAAGUUCCUGGUGAUCGCUUUGAAAAAUGCAGUAGAAGUGUAUGCUUGGGCGCCCAAACCGUAUCACAAAUUCAUGGCCUUCAAGUCUUUUGCAGACCUCCCACACAGGCCUGUCCUGGUCGACCUCACAGUGGAAGAGGGCCAGAGGUUGAAGGUCAUCUACGGUUCAUGUGCUGGCUUCCACGCCAUCGACGUGGACUCCGGAAACAACUAUGACAUUUAUAUCCCCGUUCAUAUCCAGAGCCAAGUGAUGCCGCACGCAAUCGUGUUCCUGCCCAGCUCAGACGGCAUGGAGAUGCUGCUGUGCUACGAAGACGAGGGCGUCUACGUCAACACCUACGGGCGCAUCAUCAAGGACGUGGUCCUGCAGUGGGGCGAGAUGCCCACAUCAGUCGCUCACAUCUGCUCAAAUCAGAUCAUGGGAUGGGGAGAAAAGGCCAUUGAGAUUCGUUCCGUGGAGACCGGCCACCUGGACGGUGUCUUCAUGCACAAAAGAGCUCAGAGGCUGAAGUUCCUCUGUGAGAGGAAUGACAAGGUGUUCUUUGCAUCAGUGCGUUCUGGAGGCAGCAGCCAGGUGUACUUCAUGACGUUGAACAGAAACUGCAUCAUGAACUGGUGAAGGAACAGCUGCUCCGGUCAGUGUGGGAGCCAGCAGGGUUCCGAAAAGGAGGGCAUCUAAAAUUUUCCCAACCACAUGCACACAAUCGCAAAUACUUUUCUCUUUCUCUUUGUCUCGCUCUAACUCUGUUUGUGUGUGUGUCUCUCUCUCUCCCUCUCCCACGCACUCAUGCGCCAAAGACACAUGCACAAACAGCCUAUUUCAACCUACAUGUACACUCCUUAAGACGCAAUUUCGACAGAGGCCCCUCCCGACAACAUUCUCUAUGGAAUCGCCAUGAAAAACGAGCUUCAAAUGUUAAUACCAUUCUUGGAUUUGUACUGUAAAUAUUCUUGAUCAACUUGGUGGACUCGUGUUCAGCUGUAUCUAUUUAGUUCGUCAUUGUGAAGUAUGUUAAAAAAAAAAGGUCCUUGAUAGUUAUACAGUACGUUUCUGGCGGCGUUAAUCAAUACUGUACUUUGAAUUGAAGCUGUAAAUAGGUAGCACCUUACACUUGGAUCUGAAUCCUUUGCAGGCCCCUUACAUUGCCUCCAGUCAGUCUGUUGCUGACUGACACAUGGACCUCAAAUAAUAAAAUGCCGGAACGCCCAUCUGCAGUUGCUUUCGUGCCCACAUUGUUAUGGGAAGUAUUUAGUACAAAGAAUAUUACAAAGGGACAUUCAAGUCAGGACAAAGUAGCUUGUUGAAGUAUUUUUAGUGCUGUACAGUAAAUCGUAACCUGAAGUCUGGCUUUCCCCAACUUUUUUUCUGACCUAAAUGGCAAAUGUUGCAACUCUUAAUCACAGCAUUCAAAGUAAGGUUUUGAAUGUGUCAAAACAAAAGUAGAUUUCAGUUUAAAUUAAUAUAUGAUCAAACAAACAAGAAUUCACAUAAAUGUGCAGUACUCCGAAUCGGUGAUGUGAAAAUACCUGCUUCGCCUUUCCCCCCCCCUGUGGUUUAGGUGAAGCUAUUCAUUAUUUGACUCAUCAGGCGUGUACCUAAACUGGUCUUCAUAGAUUUACAUAAUACAAAAAUGUGUUAUUUAUAUGUAGUGAUUCUGUAUUGUUAUUAGCCUACUAGUAAUCUUAAUUUUACUGUAAUUAUAUUGCCAUUAUAUUGCAAUAUAUGCUAAUCUGUGGAGUCUGUUUGAAGAGGGCACGCAUUGUAUUUGGUCAUGUUAGAGAGCGCGUUGACGCCUUCUGGAAGGAGAAGGUUAUUUGUUUGCAUAAGACUGGAGAAACGCCACUGAGAUUAGUGAUGGAUGAAGAUCAUUAUCAUUUUUGUGGUCCUUCGACCCGCCUGAAAUACCCUACCGUAUUCUAUUUCUGUUCUAGGUCCAUUUAGUUACCCUGACUCUUAUUGUUGAGAGGUGUUUGCAGAGAGCAGCUUGGUGUGGUAAAGUUCAUGGUUUUUCUUCGCCCUUUUGAAAGAUUUAUUUAGGAUGACUAUACCACAGAGGGCUCCAUCUCAUCAGGCACUUUGGAGAGUACUGCUGAAACACAUGAGACUUAAUUUUAUAUCUGUACAUCCUGCCAAAGUUCACAGCACAUUUUGCAUUGGGAGGAGGAAGCUAGGGCAAAAGGAACAUUUGCUAAAAUUGCAGUUUUGUGCAAAAUUGCAGUUUUGUGCAAAACUCUUCCUACAGAUCACGAGCCGUUGUUCCUUUCUGUACAUACAUCUAAUCAGUCUGCUGCCUUCUCACCAAUAAUGUGGUAUCAUGCUUAACGAUCUGCUUCAGAAUUCAAAUAGCUCUCGACUUGUUAGUAUUGCAUAGGUGCCCCCUCUUUUUUUUAUCCUUAAAAAUAUAUAUAUAUAAAUGGUGCUCUCAUUACAGCGGGCAGUACGGUAGAAGUACGAGGUAGUUUCCUACCUGUCAGCAGCGCCACGCAGAUUCUUCUGCACUUCAGACAGGUGGACAUUUUUAUCCUGUUAUAAGCAUGGCGUUGUCUACACUUUUCAACAUGUUGGUUAAUCUGCUUAUAAUUACAAUCUGGAAUUUUAAUGUUAACAGAACAAAACACAGUUUUUUUACUGUAAACUUUCAGUAGAAAAACUUUAGUUUAUUAUGAAAAGGAAUCUGGACUAGUGAUCAAUGGGAUAUUCUACCCAAGAUUAUAUAUAUAUAUAUUUAAUACUGGCAGAAAUGGAGCUUUAAAGAACACAUGGUCAGAGCAGAGAACAUCUAAUCAGAGUUUAUCAAUAAAGGUUACUUUAGUGGUGAAAUUAUAAAACUGUAAAUGGCAAUGGAAUGCACAUUUUUAUUUCAGCGAUUAUACACUCAAAUAUUAUCUCGAGCAGAUACUUGAUGUGCAUGUAAGCUAUUGAAAUAGAGUAUAUAGUACUGUUUUGAAGUUGUGUUCCCCUUUUAUCGAAUGUGUUUUAUCGAGUAUCUUAUGUGCCAUGACUUACAUUUCUAAUGUCACAAUUACAAUCCACCAUGACCUUAGGUAGUCAUGCCUUUUCUGGUCAAAUCAUAAUUUUUUUGAUCAAUCUGCCAUGUUUACAGUUAAAGCAGUGCCUUGGAGUUGGGAAGGUGAGAGAUGUGUUAAUUAGUUAUGACCCCCCCCCCCCCACACACACACACACUAUUACUUGAAACCCCAUGUAAAACAGGCACAAUUGUAUCUCCCCCCUUGAUAUGAUUCAUGGCCACUCGAAUACACUAAAAUCAAGACACCAAUAGAUUUCAAAUGCUUUUUUCGCACCACAUAUGAUCAUCGGAUAAUAAUCCAUACAAGAGAGUCUAAAUAAUCCAGUGUAACGUGUAAAGGAUCUUCUCUUGGGGGGAGCGAGCGUAGUAAAAAGCCAUACUUAUGAAACGUGUUUGUAGAGAAACAAGUCAAAUUCAACUCUGUGUAAUGUCUGCUCAAAAAAUGUAGGUUCUUCCAGCGAAGGUGACAUAAGCGCUUAUUCUUGGAUGAUGAUGUUGAUUGCGUAAUCUAGUAGUGAGGAAAGUAGCUUGAUAUAUUCUAAAAAGCUUAUUUUAUAAAAUGUGUAAAUUAGUCUAUAUUGAAAAAAAUCAAAGUGAAUGUACAUCUAUGAGAGAUUUGUAUUUAUAUGAACAUGUGUACUGCUCUAAUAAUCAUAAGCACAAUGUAUUUUACGGCGGAUAUCAAAGCUAUAAUUAGAGAGAUGGUGUUUUGUUUUUGUUUUUUUUGUUGAUUUGCAGAAAUACAGUUGUUCGUUGUUAGCAGGAGGGCAAACGCUUGGUUGGCUCUGGCCUCAAAGGGGAAGGCGACGGGCUGUAGUCGUGUUCACGUGGUGCGUUCGGGGAGUGAAGCGCCUGAUGGCCCUCGGUGAGAGUCUUUCACUGUUUGCGUUGGUAUUGAAUCACAAAAGGCAGCAUUUAGAAAGUGAGAAGCUCACAAAUCAUUUAGUGACCCAAAAGGAAAACUGAUCAGUUAUCAUUUCUUGACGACUUAAUUUGGAAUGCAUUUUGUUACGAGGUGUGAAAGUCCUUCAAGAGGAACGCCCUGAUCUUACACAUCAAAGUCUGUUUACAGGAAGUACUACUGCUCAUGUGUAAGGGUUUGAGUUCAUUUCUUUGGGAAGAAAUGAACUCAGGCCUCUGAGCUUGUUCCUCAUCCACUUCUUGCACAUCACAAUCCAAUGUGUGAGCAACUGUGCAGUGGCAAAGUAUUGUUGGUAAUUUAGGAAUUUGAUUUUCAUUUGAGCGAAGCGAGAGCGAUGUCCUGCAUCCAUUUCUGUAUAUUCUUUUUUUUUUUCUAUGAUAUAUUCCAAUAGUUAAAUUUGUUUCUAAUUCAGAAGUGGUUCCCCACACACUAGACACAGUGACGAUCAGACAUGUUUGCAACAUCUCAGUCGUUGCCUGGCAACAUCACUCAGUGCACUUAGUACUAAUGGAACCGAAACAGACAGGUGUGUAAAAUCAGUGUAGAAUUGCCUAAAGUUUAUUUGGAUUACUUUAAUGUGUUUCUACCUCUGCUUUGGUGCGCAAGCUUAGUGAGGCACACUAAACCAAUUGAUUUGCAAUUUAAAUUUAGUUUAAUAAAAUGUCUUAAGAUAAAGCAAAAUACCAUAGCAACAUAUUAAUUUCUUCUUCUCUAUUGUCUGAUUUGUGUUGACUUGUUUAUCUGGAUAGUAUUUAAAGUAAAUAAUUUGACUUAAUAAAAAUGAACUGGUGUAUUUAUGUGUCUCAGCAAUGGUGUGAAAUUGUGAUGAACAUCAACUUGCUGUUUUUGGGUGAGGUAAUAGGCAGUCACCAUUUUGUUUCAGGCAGUCACUUCAAAUAGUAAACUUGUCCUAGUCCGUGCACCAGAAAGUCUUAAUAUCGCGUUUCAAGAACUCCUACACAAAGAACCACACAACAAGUGAGUCUCUGCGCAUCAGCACGGACUGAUUCGAUGGCUAAAUCCAUGGAACAGAACCAGGAUUCAGAAAGCGAGCGGCACCAGGGGGUUGCAGCUGGAGCCCCGGACAUGUAGAACAUCGUCCUCUGAUGAGAUUUCUUUUAAUAAGCAAUACAAGCAUUUUAAUCCGAACCGUGGCUGUUCCUCUCCAUGCGGCCUACAGGUAGGGAUUGUUCAGUGGCCUUUGGAAACUGAAUGUGGGCUGGUUUGUGCGUGGCUUGUUGCUGAAGUCCUUCAGUACUUGGUACUACAAGGAAUAGCUGCUUCUCAGUCACCUCUCUGGAUGCUCCUUCUUGCUUCGCUAUGAUGAAAUCCGAGGAACUGCCAUCCGUGAACUCGUGAAGUACCGAUAGUUAAUAUUGUGACGAGGCCCUCUACAAAGCUCAUAUCUUAUGGUUAACGUAUGAAUGGAUUAGCAGUUGGGAGUGAAGCCAAUCAAACUGGAGCUCUAAAACCAUGUGGAUUUUUGGACAGAACGACAAAAUGUAUUCUUUUUUUUCUUUUACUAAGACGUUAAACAUGUUUGCAAUGUUGUAGUGUGUGUGCGUCUGUUACUUGUGAGAGGAUAACUCCAGAUUGUAUUAAAUAGACUGAUCAACUUUAAACUUUCAAAAGAUUGUUAUGAAUUCAUGUCUUAAUACAAAUUGUUUGAAAAAUAAAGUACCUUUUAAUCUCA